ACCGGCGGGAGACCUGAACGGCCGGCUCGUAUGGAUGGGAGAUUAGAAGGCCAGGGGCCAGUGUCGCAGGAGUAGCCUUUCCUUUUCUCGCCUGCGUGGGGCUGCCUAUAUAUAUACGGUGCUACAUGCGUAGGAUCGGAGUAUGCAGUAUCCCUCGCUCAAUCCCGGCUGCCGAUGAGCUCGAGAGGGUAGUGCAACUAGCUAGCUCGAGCUCUAGUGGCUUCAUCAUACGGCUGGAGUAGAAGACGCGAUCGGUCGUCGGUGCCAUGACCAUGACCAUGACCAUGAGAGACGAGGAGGAGGAGGAGGAGCAAGGGGUGGUGAUCCGGAGCUACAACCCCAAGACGGACCAAGCCGGCACGGAGGCCGUCGACAGGGAGUGCGAGGUCGGCCCGGCCGGCGGGAUGUCCCUGCACGCCGACCUCCUCGGCGACCCCGUCGCGCGCAUCCGCCACUCGCCGCACCACCUCAUGCUGGUAGCUGAGACGUCCGGGCCGGGCGGCCGGAUCGUCGGCCUCAUCCGCGGCACCGUCAAGUCCGUCGCCACCGGCAAGGCCUGCCCUCAGGGCGAACCCGCCUUCGCCAACGUCGGGUACAUUCUCGGCCUCCGCGUCGCGCCCUCCCACAGGCGGAUGGGCAUCGCGCGGCUGUUGGUGCGGCAGCUGGAGCGGUGGUUCGAGGUCAUGGGCGCCGAGUACGCGUACAUGGCCACCGACAAGUCCAACGAGGCGUCGCUGCGCCUCUUCACCGGCCGCUGCGGCUACUCCAAGUUCCGGACGCCGUCGCUCCUUGUGCACCCCGUGCACUCGCACCGCCUCAGGGCGCCGCGCCGCGCCACGGUCGUGCGUCUGGGCGCCUGCGACGCCGAGCGGCUCUACCGCAGCCGGUUCGCGAACGUGGAGUUCUUCCCCGCGGACAUCGGCGCCGUCCUCGACAACCAGCUCUCCCGGGGCACGUUCCUGGCGAUCGUCGACGGGGGCGGCUACGAGUGGCGCGGGGUGGAGGACUUCCUGUCCUCGCCGCCGGCGUCGUGGGCGGUGGCGAGCGCGUGGGACUGCGGCGGCGUGUUCCGCCUCGAGGUCCGCGGCGCGUCCCGUCUCCGCCGCGGCGCCGCGGCCGCCACCCGCGCGCUGGACCGCGUGGCCAAGUGGCUCCGCGUCCCGUCCGUGCCGGACUUCUUCCGCCCGUUCGCCGGGUGGUUCGUGUACGGCCUCGGCGGCGACGGCGGCGACGCCGCGGUGGCCGCGGAGGCGCUGUUCGCGUCGAUCGUCAACAUGGCGCGCGGCGCCGCGGCCGCCGUGGCCUUGGAGGUGGCGGCCAUGGACCCGCUCCGCUCCCGCAUCCCGCACUGGCGCCGCCUGUCCUGCGCCGAGGACCUGUGGUGCAUGAAGCGCCUCGGCGGCGGCGGCGGCCACGCGGAUGGAUGGGAUUGGUCCAGGUCGGUCCCUGGUAGCUCCAUCUUCGUGGACCCCAGGGAGGUUUGAGUGUGACUCAGCCGGCGUCCGCUUGCAAGCAGAGCUUUUGUGCUCUGUUUUCUUGCCACUGGAUUUCAGUUUUGAUCUUUUUUCUUUUCCGCCUUCAAAUUUUGCCACCUCGUGUCUAUAGUUGUAGUUUUGGAAGGCGGAGAUUUCGUCGGAUGACUAUCUUUUUGUAGGAUCAGCAAUCGAUCGUGUAGAUACAUUCUAGUCCUUUUCCGGCCUGUCUUCUCUGCAUUUUUUUUUGCACCGUGACAAGUGUGCGGUCGCGAGGGAUCGUUCCAAUCCAGCCACGAGUAUCAUUGAGGGCAUCAACCGAUGAAUGCCUCUGCAA